CUAUUCUACAUUUGUCAAUCACUAAGCAAACACCACCACCACCCACGCAAAGACACCACACGACCCCAUAUCCCACCACCACAACCACCACUACCUACCUCUUACGCGCACGCACUUCCAAGCACACGCACUCGCACAACUUUGCAUUCUCAAUUUCUACAACCACCAUCUCACCACCCACAACCACUUCACCACCAUGCCGGCGUCGGUAGCAAGAAAAUCCUCGUUUCCGCACGAUGACAGCCCUCCACCAUAUGGCGCAACAGAAACAACGCCCAUGCUGGGGACGAGCCCUCACGCUGCGAGUGCCAGCCCGCACCACUCGCGUAGUGGCAACGACUCUGGCGACAGCUCAAUCUCCCAGUCGAGCCUGUACGCGGUGCGCCGCGAGCCACCUCGCACAUGGACCGGUGUCCGGUUGCCUUCCUCGCGUCCGCCUCUGCCGUCGACUCCGCCAUGUACCAUCGCGCACAGCAUGCACGGCAUGCCUACCCCGCCGCUCUCCGACGCCGCGCCGAGCGCCAGCGCAAGUAACUACACGCCGUCGCCACUACAGCACCCGUUCCACCCGCCACAUCACCACCAUACACCGCCCCACCAGCAGGCGCCAAAACAGUUCUCGUACCACCUUCCCCGGCGAUUCAGGCAUGUUACCCCCGCGCCGCAGUUCCAGUGCCCAGGGUACAGGACGUAUUAUGCGGCGUCGCCGGCCGGCAUCGAGGCGAACGUGAUCCGGUACGCACACGAGCGCGACCUCGCCAUGCACCAGUACGAGGCUGCGACAAAUCGCGCGCUGGGGCGCUUCCUCACGGCCAUUACGCUCGCGGCCCUCAUCUACGUCGGGCUGGGCGUCCUCUUGCUCAUCCUGCUGUUUUGGGCGCUGUCACUCGAGAUUCCCGACGAGUGGCCUCUUCCGCUGCCCUGAGUGCGACGCCGCGGAAGUCGGAGCGGCAGAGUCGUGUGCCCACUCGACACUACGCAUGGCUAGCGUCGCACGCGUUGUUUACGAGCGCGUCGAGCUCGGUCUGUGCACACCAUGCACGCCGACAAGCACCUCCCCAACUUUUUUGCCCCGGAUAGACGACUGAACGAAAGAACAUUACGACGGUUCCAAGUGCCUGGUUACCAGGCUGUUGUUGUUGGAAUGGCGGAGCGUCCCAUCGGGCCGCCCGUCGCCCUGCCUGGACCAAUACCCUACUCUGGAUCACAAACCACAUACCAUAUAGUCACGCACGGCUGUGCACAUUAAACUCUUCCUCAACUUUGUCGCUUGUAGCCUCCAUGCCAUGUUUUACUAUUG